AUCAUUUUAUCUGGAACACUUUGAUUUUUACAUUCUUUAUUUGGGUGCAUAUUGCUAGUUAAGUGAAAGACAGAGCUUACUUGUACCACAAAAAUGUGAAAGAUUGUUCUCAUUCUUCAUUAAAUACACAUAACACAUCUAUCGUUUGCUUUCUAUUUUGGUGUAUUUAUUGCUUUUACAUACACAAUACUACUUUAUAUAGACCAAUGUGUAUGUCCAUUAAAUAUACAAUUUAUAUUACAUUAUGUAACGAUAUAAAUAAUAUGCUUAUAUAAGCACAGUCCACAAAUUUCAGAGUCAGGUCCUUUCCUUUUCAAAGAUCUCUCUAACUCCACUAUAAAUCCCAAGUUCUCUCACUUCUUUAAUCUCCACUAUAAAAGGAACUACUUCAUCUCUCUCUCUCUUCCAUCAUCUUCUUACAAGUUACAACAAAUAUUGUCUUCAAGAGAACCAGAGAGACUCACUCUUUUACAACUCUCUUAUUAAUCAAAAAUAUCCAUAAUCUUUAAAAGCACACACUCUUCUCCCAAUAAUGAGAUUCUCUCUUUCUCCCGCACGUCCGUACAGUGUAGUACCCUCACUACCAAACCACGACGUUGUUUCUCACGUAAAUGUUACCAUGUCGUGGAACCGUAAGUGUAGAUGCGUACUUACUCUUCCUUCUCCUACAAUAUCUACUUCCCGGACACCGGUUAUACCCAAACCAGAAAUGUGGGAGGGUUUGCUGCUAAACCAAGAUCACAGUUCCGAUGAAUUGUCGUCCUCUGGUUCCAACAACCCGGUUAAGCUAAACCGUAGAUGGAAGGAGUACCAGGGGCUUCAGAAUUGGGAAGGUCUCUUAGACCCAUUGGACGAUAAUCUCCGUGGAGAAAUUCUCCGGUACGGUCAGUUCGUGGAAUCGGCUUACCAGUCCUUCGAUUUCGAUCCUUCGUCACCAACCUACGCAACGUGCAGGUUCCCGAGGAACACGUUGUUAGACCAAUCCGGUUUACCUAACUCCGGUUAUCGAGUGACGAAGAACCUCCGUGCCACGUCAGGUAUUAACUUACCACGUUGGAUAGAGAAAGCGCCUAGCUGGAUGGCUACACAGUCCAGCUGGAUUGGUUACGUGGCAGUAUGUCAAGACAAAGAAGAGAUCUCAAGGCUCGGUCGUAGAGACGUAGUCAUCUCCUUCCGUGGAACCGCCACGUGUCUCGAGUGGUUAGAGAAUCUCCGCGCCACGCUGACUCAUCUCCCUGAUGGGCCGAGUGGGCCAAACCUAAACGGGUCUAACUCUGGGCCCAUGGUCGAGAGUGGAUUCUUAAGCUUAUACACAUCAGGGGCCCACAGUUUGAGAGACAUGGUAAGACAAGAGAUAUCGAGACUGCUCCAGUCUUACGGCGACGAGCCGUUGAGUUUAACGAUAACGGGGCACAGCCUCGGCGCCGCGAUCGCGACGUUAGCGGCGUACGAUAUCAAGACGACGUUUAAACGUGCGCCGAUGGUCACCGUUAUGUCUUUCGGAGGUCCACGUGUCGGAAACAGAUGCUUCAGGAGACUCCUUGAGAAGCAAGGCACCAAGGUGUUGAGGAUCGUUAACUCCGACGACGUCAUCACCAAAGUUCCAGGUGUCGUUUUAGAUAACAGAGAGCAAGAUAACGUGAAGAUGACGGCGUCAAUGCCGAGUUGGAUACAGAAACGAGUUGAGGAGACGCCGUGGGUUUACGCUGAGGUCGGGAAAGAGCUUCGGCUGAGCAGCCGUGACUCGCCCUACCUGAACGGCAUCAAUGUGGCCACGUGUCACGAGCUGAAGACGUAUCUACAUUUAGUAGAUGGGUUUGUGAGCUCCACGUGUCCAUUCAGAGAAACGGCUCGAAGAGUCCUCCAUAGAUGAAGGUUCAUUAGACAUUCGUAACCCUAUUUUAACUUUGUGCAGAAAAAAAAAAACUUUAAACCGAAAGAAAACCAAUAAUUAACAUUGUUACAUGCAUCGCUAACUCAGUGGUAGAAAUAGAACGUACGUACGUAGAAAGACAGCUUUAAAAGAGGAAAAGUGUAAUGACGUUCGUAUAAACUCAAAUAGUGUAUAUAUAUGAAUUUUUAUUUAUUUUAAUAAUUUUAUU